AGUUAUGGUUUGAUAGAAAACUGAAGAAAAUACCUGUCACCAUCAUGGAAGACCAUGCAGCAAACUGACAUUCAGACAUCUUUCUGAGCUGUCUGGGUGCUGUAAAUUUCAAGAAACUGUAGACUUGGUAUGAAAAGACCGCAGAUGAAAAGCUCAGAAAUAUAGGCACCAAGCCGCAGGGCUCGAAAACAUCGAGUCCCUCUGGACCGUGCCCACAGGAGGAGGGGGAAGUGAUGGCAGAACGGAGGAUCCAGACCCGUACCGGGAGGAGGGAUCGUUUUCGGGGCAGUGAGGCAACCAGAGGAGGGGUGGAGCACCACCGGGCGGAAAUCAAGAGACGAUCGCGCAGUGAGGGUCCACACAACCGAGUCUCCAGACCAAAAGAAGAGGAGUCUUUCGAAUCGUAUCCGAAAAAUGAGAAGAUCGUCGGGCCCAUCUGGGCGGUGACUCACAGCUCGACCGCGACGCGGGUUUCGCGACACUCGCCACCACUCUCUGAUGACGGAGGCUUCGUACACGUGCAGGAGGUUGCAGGAAGCGACUCAGAUUCCACUGACAGCGAUCGUAAAGUGUGGACGAAAAAUCCGCUCAUUGUUCGAAAAACCCGACGGACCGGACGAAGCGAAAAAAGACAGUCGCACGUCGAAAACGGCUUCUCGGUGCACAACAAUACGGGGAAAUCUUCGAACCGCGAGAGUUACGUUUAUUAUGGGUCGGGUCAGGAUAAGAGCGACAGCAGCGGGACGGGAAGUCUGAAGGGCAAUAAGUACCAGAAGCUGGAGGAACUGCGCAGACGGAGGAUUGACAUCCAGGUGACGUCCGACGAAGAGGUUCAGAGUACCCCAGCGUCCAGGAUCUCCCGUCUCAGGCAGAGAGCCAUUCAGAGUGGGCUGGGGAAGCAGGACAGUUCGGUGAGACACAGUGCAAUAGAACCCUCCAGACAGCGUGGAGUAACGAGCAACACUUCUUCUUCACAGAGUUUCUCACAGAAACCUUCUGGUGUGAAGAAUUUAGUUUCUUCGGUUCAGAAUGGAAAUACUGUUUCACAAGUGGGAUAUUCCAACCGGGGGCAGAUAGCUCCAACGAAUGUGAAACCGGCUUAUCAAGUCAGUAGUAGUGUUCCUUCGCAACAGGUUGUGGCUCCUAAGUCGUUUCAGCAUUCGAGUCGUUUUGUGGAUAAUUCUAGUCAAAACCAGAACAAACCGUACGUUUCUAGUCAGAAAGCCAAGAGACAGUCGUACGAAAUUAAACCGUUUGAUCAGAAAGGGUUUUCCGAUUCAGGAAUUUCCCACCAGCCUGAUCUUCCAGCAAACUUUACAGUGCAUUCUCAAAAUCAACAUAAUGUUUCCGAACCGAAAUCCGCGUUUACAAAAAGUGCCUACAGCACCUCUCCCGAAGUUGUGCCAAAACGGUUCUUUGACCGACCGAGAGUUCCGUCGGCUGAUUCCAUCUAUGAUGGUGUGUUUGAUGACUCUGGCACCAAACAGAACAUUGGUAGACCGUCUGCUCCUACGUACCACAAUGUAGGACACGGCUUCGUGUACAUGAGACCUGCAUCGAGAACAGUGAUGGAACUUCCAAAAGGAGACAUGCUGAUGUGUCCACCCGCGGCAAUUUCCAACAGUCAGAUGAUGUCGGUGAAUUCUAACGAGGUAGUGGAGUUGAGACUGAAGACAAACCGCGUACUGGAUCACCCACCUCCGUCCAUGCAGGGCACUCCAGCCAAGCUGGUGAUGAACAGAGUGAACAGUGAUGACGAUGACUCCCUGGAUGAACUCAUAGAGUCCAACAUCCAGUACCUGGAUCGGGAGAUCGACAGGAGUAGAAAGAAAACAGCCACGCAGGUCACUAAAUCGGCCAGUCUGCCAGACCCCAGACAUUUUUCACAAUUUCAGAUGCAGGAAUCUGGAGUUAUCGUCCCUGUUCGCUCAGAGUUAAAAAUUCCAUUUGCUAGUCAGUCUCAAGGAUUAGCUGAAUGGAAGAUUCCCAAUCAGCCGCAUAUAAGCCGCGGCACAGAGCUACAGUUUCAUAUUCCAGUGGGAUCCGGGGCUUACCUCCCUCCAGAGAUCUUCAUAGCCGACGAGAAUAGACCUGGCUCCUUUAGCUCCAUCUACAGUGGAAUAUCUGGACAGACGAAUGGACAGUUUAGUGGACAUCCUGGAAAUGUGUAUGGAAGUGGAUCCCUCCAUCCUGGUAGCGUAGCCUCAGGAUCGUCGCAUGGAAGUGGAACGAUAUAUCCGAACUCACACGCCGAGAGAAAGCUGUCUUAUGACAGUCGGGCUAUUUACACUCUUCCUGGAAGCGAGUUCCACGACCGAGAUAUGUCCAAGUCAGACACUCAGCUGAAUUCAGCCUCCACGCUUCCCAUGUACAGAGGGGACCCGAUGAAUGUGACGUAUAACCAGCCCUACUCCAGUUCUACCGACCAGCUGGUACACAGGAGUGGAUUAACCAUCCCUUCCCUAGACCGGGGAAUGUUCUCUGACGUGGAGUACAACAUAGAGGUGUCCGACAGAGUCAAGAAGUGGGAGAAGUACAUGCAAAAGAGAUCGGAAACCAACGAGGAGGCUCUCACAACAAUUCAGGAACAGGACUUCUUCCCAAGGGACGUACGGAGAUCGGUUUUUCUGGACCAGAGGCUAAACAUCCCAGAGUCCCCGACAAUGUCCAUGGCACAGAAUUUCGUGUGGAGUGGAGUGUCCUUAAAACCAUCAAGUUCCGAUCCCAUGAUAAACCUGUCUGGGGAUUCGCACAUGUUUGCAAAACAGACGAACCGAAUUGUGAUCCAGGAACCAAUGUCCGGGGCCAAGUAUCACACUACGAACACGGUGAGCUCCAUCUUCAUGCCAGGACCUCAGCGAGCAUCACCGGGACUGAUGAGUGCGGCCGAUCUACGCAAACACAUGGUGGCAAACAAACAGCCAAUGGACGAACAGCAAAUCCACGCCCUGACCAAUCAGAACCCUAACCCUGUGAACUGCAGGUACCAGGAGCUGGAUGAGCUUCAGGAGGCCAAAUCGGAAACAGUGCGAGACCUCUGCAAGAUGUUUGACAUCAGUUUCCAGAAUGAAGGUCAGCUGAUGCCGUGUGAAGAGAAGCCGGCCAGGCUGUCUCCAUCCCAGGCAGACGGCGACACGAACUGGACGCAGCUUAUCUCUGACCUGGAGACGAAGAUCAAAGAGACGGAAGUUUGGUCCCCAGAGAUGGAGAGUCAGGAGGGAGAUCUCGUCAGCAUAGAGAGAGUGAAAGCGAGGACGCUUCAGACAAUUCCGUUCUCGGAGGAUCCUUUCUGGAAGGAGAUUGAGGAGAUGACCAGCUUUGAGAAGCUGUUUAAACCGGAGGAGUUCGACAGUCCUCUUGCCUUCAGAGCCGCUAAUCCCAUAGAAUUCGCUUCCAGCCAGAGCAACACUCUUCCAGCACAGCCAAGGAUUUCGGCAAGGGAUCGUAUCACCAGAUCCAAGUCCCUGUACACCCCCAACAUUACCCCACUGACGAUAUCGGUGGACAAGUACAAUGGUCCAAAUGCUCUGGAUGAUGUUCUGGAGGAUAUCAGAGUAUCACUGGAGAAACAGAGUCCCAAAGUGAGAAAAGGCGGUGAUAGUUCUGACUCACAUCGGUCUUCACCUGGCCCUCCAUACACAGACCUCCAUGGAAUGCAAAGGUCAAGGUCGAAUGUGUACUGGGAGAGGAAACCGGAGACGUCUGCUGUGACACAGUCUCAAGGAUUGCUGACAUACGCCAACCCAACACAGCCUGAAGCCAAACUUCAAGACUCUUACCCGGGAAUGGAGCAGUAUCCUAACGUUGUCAAUGGCAACUACCAGCUAGAUCCUGACAUCCUCAAACAGAAACUAUUGAGGACAGGAUUAGUUGAUGAACAGCGACAGAAGCAACAGCUGCAGAUGCAGCAGUCAUCACGACUGUUUCAACACAGACCCAGCCCAUUGAUUAUUCCAAGACCUCCGCAGUUCUAUGCUCCAGCUCCUCAACCUCUUGUUUCUCAGCCGAUAUAUUUGAACCGGCCAUCAGAGGAGAAGAGAAAUGAGGUCAACCAGUCCAUGGAGGAGCUGCGCCAGCUGGCUCAAGACGUGGAGAAAAAGGUUGGCAUGAUCAAGUCGAAGAUUGUCCGAGCUGACGAAAACAACCUCGAUAAGAUUUUACUGACUCUGAAGAAGUUUGCACCCACAAUGCAGACACGAUCUCCAGAACCAAGACCAGACUCUUUUGAAGAUUUCUAUGUAAAAAAAAAGUCCAAGCUUUCCGAAGCCCUUUUUGAACUGGAUAAAAUUUACAAUGGUUUAGAUCUAGAUGAGAACUCAAUGGUGGAGCAUGCCAGAAGAGAAGAUUAUCCGUCGUACAAAAGACCCUCUCCCAUUGGUCAGCAGAAACAAGAUGACAAACCAGAGCAGACCAGUAGCAUAACAUUUCAGGUCUCAAAGCCAAGUUUUCAAAAACCACAGCAGAGGACGGAUUCAGAUAUUGAUGCCAUCCAGAGAUCAUUUCAGGCCAUUUUGGAUGAGGUGAAUCAAGCACCAGCUGUGAAGAUGGUAUCAAGUUCAGCAUCAACAAGCGUGGUGCAGCCAGGACACCCGACAUCUACAGUGAAAACCGUAGCAAGUUCUCUAGCAAGUAGCAUAGCAUCCCAAAGAUACCAGACCUCGAUUGCCAAGACCCAGCCAAGUUCCAUACCAACAACGAUAAUACAGCCCAGACAGAUGGAGACUUUGUCCAGCAAGACAACUGUGGUAAGCUCCUUCCAGCAGGUUGAGAGAAGUCCUGAGGUGAAGAGGAGAAACAUUGUCAGCAGUGCUAAGUCAGUCUUCCAGCCUUUUGUGCCAUCUGUUCAGACUCAGGUGAAAACACAACCUCAGAGAAAGAACGAAAGUGUUGUACAGACAUCAGCAUCAUCAACAGCAGUCUCAUCAAAGGUUGUGGACAUGUCGGGAAGCAAACAGAAUGCCACUCUACCUCUUGUUACGGCACAGGUCAAAAUGCCAGCAGUCUCAUCUCUGAAGACAAAGGUUCCACCAGAAACAAGUCCGAAGCCUAAGAGACAGAAUCUACAGGCUAGGACAUCGCGGGGGGUGUCGGCUGUGACGCUGACUCCAGCUCCUGCUCUAGUUCCUCCAGAGACAAGUCCUAAACCAAAACGACAAGUCCAACCCAAGUCUGUUGCCAGCUCCUCAACGACCAUGACUCUCUCCUCGUCUCCCACUGUUGUUCACUCUUCUGCCACAGUCUCAAUGCCCAGACCAAAGCCUCCAGGACAGAGUUCAGCAUCUCAUAUACCAACCAGACAGGUGACUCUGCCGAAAACUUCAUCCACUUCCACAACAGAAAGUUCCUCGCUGACCUCUUCUGUGUCUUCUCUGGACACCUCACAGAGAGAUAGUCUAGCAGCGAAUGUGUCCAAGCUGAUGCAUCAGUCAGGGACGGGAGGACCUCAGCCCCAGAGUCAAAGUGUUUCUAUCACUUUGAAGACUCCAGUGAUGAGCUCGUCUUCAGUGGGUCCACCUGCAAAUGCUGCUUCGAUGCAGACAUCAAAAUCUCCAAGGGAACGUAGGUCACGAGGACGGUUUCGUUCAAAAAAUCCUGACAUAGUUGAAGACGAUGUGGCAGUUCGAAAAGCGAGGUCAAAAUCCACUCCGAGAAUAGAUACCCAGACAUCAUCAGUUAUAUCGUCUCCAACCUCGGCCGAUUAUCUCAAUCCAAGGGAGAGCACUCCGCCACAGUCUCGUAUGCGGAUUCGGCCUGAAAAGGAGGCGGAUUUGAUGCAUGAUGACUUGGCGUAUAGAAAUCUGAGAAAAGAUGUCACCAUAGAUCCUCCUAAGUUGCCAACAACAACAGCAUGUUCUGCUAUAGAAAUUGAGCUGAAAUCGCCCGUAAACUCAGCUGCCAGUACUCCUCAAACAAAACCAAAAUUCAAUAAAACUGUUGAUCUAAGCAAGGUGAAAAAUUCAUCGGAAAAUUCAUCGGGAAGUUCACCAACUGUCGACUCACCGAAACUGAAAACUGUUGAAACACAGACUUCUGCUGACGAGCGUAAGUCAUCCAGGUCGAGAUUCAGCAAAAGGCAGGACGGGAAAAGAAAAAUGGGUCGUGGGAUUGCCAUGAUGCUGGAGAUAUUUAGCUCUAGCGAUGAUGAUCGGAGGAUGCGACCUCUGCACACGAGAAGUGCUCCAGAUCUGAGUCUCGUCUGCAAGGAUGAUGACGAUGGUGAUGAUGAGGAUGCCGAUGAUGAACAGAAUAAAACUGAAAUCGUGAGUGAAGUGCACGUGACUUCUUCGUCGUGUCAGAGCGAAGCACAAAAUGAAUUCUGUAGUGAUAGUGUAGCCAUCAGUCUGAAGCAGUGUUCGACGGAUUGUUCGGAAAACGUUUCUGAAGUACCGUCAUCACCAACGGCACCAACAAACCACCAGCUCAUCCCACGAGGAAAUCGGUCGGAAGUCCCAGAAAAAAAUUUACUAGGUGGUUUUGAUUUUUCUGCUGAAAAAAACAUUUCUAACGUAAACUGUGAAAAUUCUGCUAAGGUUACUCUCAGAACUAAACAAGGUCGCUCUUCUGAAAGGGAGGUACAAAGUGACACGGCCGUGGAUAAAUCGGAACGUCCGAAAAGUUUUCAUGAACUGCUUGCAAACUUUGAACAAGACGAGAAUCGGCGUCACAUGUUGAGAAAUCUGAGAAAGUGUGCUUCUGUAGACGCUGUUGCCAUGGAAACCGUUGUGAAGAAAGCCUACCAAUCAGAGCCGUAUCACUCGGAGCCUGAUUUGAGGCUAAACAAUCUCAGAAUUCCCAGCCAAGAAGUUGUGCAGUCAUGGAGACAUAAAUAAGUGCACAAAGACUUCUUGGUUCUUUUUCACCUGGUUUGGUUUGUUUAUCGUGAUGCAUUCAGUAGCCGUUUCUCAAGAAUUAAAGUUUGCAGUCAGUUUAUGAGGACGAAGAUUUUUCACAAUGAUUUUCGUAACGACUGAUUUCAAACAGAAAGACAGUGAACACACACAAUGAGUGAACUCUUGUGUAAUUUUGAUUACGAAGAUACAUUUUUAAAAAUAAUAAUAAACUGGUUUACAGUUGGUUUAAAUGGAGGAUAUUUAUAUAUACAGUGUUACUCAGAGGGCUUAGACUUCUGACCAUUACAACAAUUGUACAUGCCAUAGUCUAUGUUUUUUUCUUUGUUUUUUUAAUUGUAAUUUCCUCCAAAAUGGUUCACUUAAAAAGUUUUAAAGUUUGCUUUGUUUAACGACAUCACUAAAGCAUGCU